UCCGUUUAUUGUGCAUUUUCGCCGAAACCAACCAGUUCACCAGCUCACGCUAGUGCUGGUCAGAAACAAGGUUCUCGUGGAACAGGAUAACUAAACGCAAGCGAUGGACGACGACGAAAAGGAUGAAUUGUUGGAAUUUUUCGAUUUUUCCAUACCGUUCGAACGGACGACGGUAAGAAGUGCCGUUGGAGGUAGUGAGAGACGUUCGCUAAACAUCGAAGCGCAGACGAUACCGUUUCGGCAUGUUAUGGGCACGGAAUAUGCGAAGGCAAUCGUCAAGCAAGAAGAGGCCAGAAUACUGUCGGAUUUGAUCGGAGAAACGCUGAACAAAUCAACAGGAUCUCGCAUGGACGAGGUGGACGAUGCGUCUUCGAUGGCGGAUGAAGACGAAGAGCACUUGGGCCGGGUACGUGCGAAGGAGCUGAUGGAGCCCAUCUUCAGUCGCUACAACCUGACCGUCACCCCGAACAAGCUAACGAUUCACCAGUCGAAGGAGCACAUUUUGAAAACGAUACGGGAAAACCCGGUCGUGGUGCUGCAGGGUGUGACUGGAUGCGGUAAAACGACGCAGGUGCCCCAGUACCUGCUGGAGGACGCGUACAAGCGAAGGGAAUGGUGCAAUAUCAUUGUCACGCAACCGCGAAAGAUUGCCGCCACUUCGAUUGCGCGGCGUGUAGCGGCGGAACGUUCCUGUGAGCUUGGUACGCUGGUAGGCUUUAAGGUGGGCCUGAAGGAAAAGAUUAGCGAAGACACGCGCCUAACGUACGUGACGACGGGGGUGCUGCUUAACAAGCUGAUCAAUUCGAAAAGUCUCAGCCAAUACACGCACAUCAUACUGGACGAGGUGCACGAGCGCGAGGUAGACAUGGACUUUCUGCUCAUCAUUGUGCGGCGCCUGUUGACGCAGUCGCGCCACACGAAGAUCAUCCUAAUGUCGGCUACGAUUGAGUCGUCCGAGUUUGCACAGUACUUCAAGAUACCGGGACGAAACAGUCUGUUUGCGCCCCAGCUAGCCGUUAGCAACACUCCGCAGCAUGAUGUGACGGUGUUUUAUUUGGAAAAUUUAGAAAAGCUACGGAUCGACUUUUCCAUCAAGUACGAGCAGCCGGAGGUGCACGAGAAGAUGUACUUUGUGGCGGCGAAGGUGGCGAUUGUGUGCGAUCGCUACAUUGACGAGUGCGAAACCGCGUCCAACAUCGAUUACAAACCUUCGAUCAUCAUGUUCCUGCCCGGCAUCAACGAAAUCGAUCGGAUGGCGGAAGUGCUGCGCAAUUUCGUGGGCGACAACAUUCCGAACGCGCUGCAGACCAAGUUCACGAUACUGAAGCUCCACUCGACGCUGCCCUCGGAGGAGCAGGCACUGGUGUUUCGUCCGCCUCCGCCGGGAUACCGGAAGGUUAUCCUAUCGACGAACAUCGCAGAAAGCUCCAUCACCAUACCGGAUGUAAAGUUUGUGAUCGAUUUCUGUUUGCACCGUUUGCUGGUUGCCGACACGCUGAACAACUUUACCUCGCUGCAAACGCAGUGGGCCUCGCGAAACAACUGUAUACAGCGUGCCGGUCGUGCGGGGCGUGUGAUGAACGGUCGCGUGUAUCGGCUUGUGAACAAACACUUCUACGACAAUGGAAUGGCCCAAUCGCCCGAACCCGAAAUGGUGCGCUGUCCGCUCGGAGCAGUGGUGCUGAAAACGAAGCUGCUCGAUAUGGGACCACCGCACACAAUACUGGCGCUGGCCAUGUCACCCCCGAACCUGUCCGAUGUGUCCAACACGGUACUGCAGCUGAAGGAGGUCGGCGCGCUGCUGCGUACCACCAAGGGUGUGUACGAUGUGCAGGACGGUGAUAUUACAUACCUCGGUCAGCUAAUGUCUCAGAUUCCGGUGGACAUAACGCUGGCGAAGCUCGUGGUGUUGGGUUACGUGUUUUCGGUGCUUGAGGAAGCCAUCAUCAUUGCGGCCGGUAUGAACGUGAAGAACGUGUUUUGUGCGAUGCGAACGGUCGAGGCGCUGCGCAUCAAGCGCUACUUUGCCAACGGCUCCGCUUCCGACGGUAUUGCAAUUCUGAAUGCGUACACCUGGUGGCGAUCGGUGAAGGAGCAGGGUACAGGAGGCGAUACGGUCGGUUGGUGUCAGCGAUACAUGCUCGAUCUGAAAUCGUUGACCGAGAUGGCUGAGCUGGUGCAGGAAAUAACAUACCGGCUUAAAUCGGCCAACAUACGGGUCGUGGCCGGUGCGCGGAAUGCACGCUGGAACGAUCGUGAGCGAACGGUCGUGUUGAAGGUGGUGAUGGCUGGUGCGUUCUAUCCCAACUACUUCCUUCCGCUGUCCUCGAGCGAGCGCGACCUUGGAGACCGAAUGGUGUACACGGAGAUUGGUGGCCGAAAUCCGUUCCGAACGGUAUUCUUUAGUGGGUUUGACCAUUAUAACUAUAUUGGACCGCUGUACCGCAAUCAGAUCCGUGCGCUGCUGACCGAACGAAAGGCGGACCCGGAACGGCAGGCGCUCAUGAAGGUAGACUUCGAGCGAAGCACCAACAAGAUAUUCGUGCAGUUCGAGUACCCGCCCGAUCUUCAGCCCGGCCAAAACCAGAUACGGUACGACGAGCGCAACAUGGUGGACCGUAUCCAUCCGGGCGUUUACGAAGCGAUCAAGUUGCGCCAAGUGCGUCGCAGCCAGUCGGAGCUGCUGGUGAUGCAUCACAACGAUGCGGUUGCCUUUGCAACGGAGAACGGUCUCGGCGUUUGGAAGAACAACGAAUGGCACCCGCGCAGUAUCGAGAUCCCGAACGUGCAGCUGUCGGUCGAACCGGCCAUCUACUGCAAGGAGCUUACUGCCACCGUGACCUACGUGCAGGAUCCGAACAAAUUCUAUCUGCGUCCCCAUGGCAACGAUAACAUCUACAAGGACAUCGAACGGCAGCUGAGCGAAAGUGCUGCACUGUUGCGCCCCUUUUCUGCCCUGGAUUCGCUGAAGCAACGAGAUAUUGUGGCCGCCCCGUUACCGCACACAUCCGUCAAAACGAUGGGUCGCGCCAAGCUGCUGAAAGAGUACACGAUCCGUGGCGUAACGAGUUGGGCGGUGUUUUUCAUGGAUUUUGGUAGCACGGCCGUAAUCCCGGUGGGACAGUUGCGCAAGCUGGAGGGCAUUUCGUUGGUCGCGCUCACAACCAUGCCCGACCGUGUGUUUGAAGCGUCGCUGGCGGGGGUGCAGCCGUGCGCGGUACGAUCGCCGAAGGAUGUGUGGACGGAGGAUACGGUCAAGUACUUCCGGCAGCUCGUACUCGGCAAGCGGCUGCACGUCGAGAUUUACUCGGUGGUGAAUCGGGUGUCGAUGGUUGUGUUGCGCCGCUCGCCGCAGGAUUCCGCCGAGCAGACGAUUAACAGGGAACUGAUCAGGCUGCAUCACGCCCAAGAGUCGGAGGAGUCGUACGUGUCGAAGAUGAACCACGAGAAGCGGCUGCGUGUGCAGAGCGACAUGGAGUUGGAUUCCAUGUACGAGGUGCAGAUAAAGAACGAUGACUCCGAGCAGCAGCGCUAUCUGGAGGACGAUGAUCCGGUCAAUUUGCAGCUGCCGCGUGAUAUGCUCAAGGUUCGGCUCAUGCUGCGCGGUCCGUACAGUCCGCUGGAGAUCAAGUGUAGUUCGACCGUGUUCUCCGGCUACCGGAAGCCGGUCAGCAUCGAAAACUCUUCGCUGAAUUCGGUGCUGCUCGACACGAACCCGCAGAACCCGCACACCAAGCUACUGGUGGCGGGCUGCGUUAACGAAACGUCUAACAAUACGCUGAUCGCGCGACAAACAACCAUGAUGCCAAACAUUCCCGGGCUGCCGGUACUGAUGGCGCUCAUCUUUGCGCCCACCUGCCAGUUGAGGAAGGAUCCAGAGGAAACGCGUGUUGUUGGGCUGUUGGCUGGGCUGGGCAUAGAUCCGCACACGGGCAACUCCAUUUAUCCCGAGCACGACAUGUCGAUGUCGGUAGACAUCUGCCUUGACGAGGAGGACAUUGGAGAUAUUAAUGCAUUGCGAUACACGAUGGACUCUAUCCUACACAGUGGACACAAUGAGCAAACGCAACUGUUUGGCGAGUUCAGCAUCGAGUCUCUGAUGGGAAAAGUGAAGGAUUACUUAAUUAAAAUCCUUCAACGUGAACGAGCGGUUCAGGAAAAUCGUGGCAUGAUACACGAUUUCCGAUGGGAUACGGGCAUUAAGAACGCCGGCAGCAGCAAACAGACAAAUCAGAACAUCAUGAUCGACAUAUAUUCGAAGGCCAUCUUUCCCCUGUACGACAAGCUAAAUCUUUAUCCGUUGCCGGUCAGCAAAAUGGAGUUUAUGCGGCGGCACUGUGCGGAGCUGCACCUAAUUACAGAAUCGCGAGUUCCGUUACCGAAGGGAGGCAUAUUGUGUCAGCUGUGUGAUGUGAAUCUCGAAUCGGAGCAUGCCUUACGGAUUCACUUCUGCUCCAGUCUGCAUCGCGAGCUUGAAAAGAAGAUCCUUUUCCGACCUUGAAAAGGCUAGCUCACCAGUGCGUACAAAUUAAUUUCGAUUUUCAUCCUUUAUUCAUUUUUUUUUUCAUUCUUUCUUCAUUAUUUUGACAAUUAUUAUUCGCAAACGAUAUGCAUGGCAUAUGCAAUACCUUUUUUCUCUGCCAUUAUUAGAUAGAUAAGAUUGACUGUAGUGCAAUCGGGUCAUAUUGGGUUAGAACUUAAAACGACGUGAUGGUUCCUUCCGGUUGUGGGUCAAUCAAAAACUAGACAAUAAUCCAAUGUUAUCAAAAUGUGAUCGAGUUAGUGGCGUACAAUAAUUUCAUUACCCUUUUUCAUAUCAUUCUCGUAAUUCUUUCGUUCCAUUGCUUUCCAUUGUAUCUGACGAUAUUUCUAUAAAGGAAUGUAAUUAUAUGCGUAAGUCAGAAAACUACAA